AUGGGAGGUUCAAAGUCCAGACCUUUACUAUGGCCACCUUCAUUUUCCUCCGUUUUCUUGCUGUUUCUCACUCUGUCAUGGACUUCCCAACCAACCCAUUUGUGUUUAGCCCAGCAGCAGCAGCAACCCAUCAAAACCAUUGUGGUUUUGGUCAUGGAAAACAGGUCCUUUGAUCAUAUGCUUGGGUGGAUGAAGAAAGCCAUUAAUCCAGCAAUCAAUGGUGUCACAGGCAAGGAAUGCAACCCUGUUUCAACCAAAAAUGCAGACCCAAAAUCCAUUUGCUUCUCAGACGAUGCUGAGUUUGUGGAUCCGGAUCCGGGUCACUCAUUUGAAGCAGUGGAGCAACAGGUAUUUGGGUCUAGUUCCCUUCCUUCAAUGACUGGUUUUGUAGAGCAAGCAUUAUCAAUGUCCCUAAAUCUCUCUGAGACAGUCAUGAAAGGCUUUAGGCCUGAAUCUGUGCCUGUUUAUGCGGCUUUAGUGCGUGAAUUUGCUGUAUUUGAUAGGUGGUUUUCUUCAAUUCCUGGCCCAACACAACCCAAUAGGCUUUUUGUGUAUUCUGCAACUUCUCAUGGCUCAACAUGCCAUGUUAAGAAGCAAUUGGCUUCAGGGUAUCCGCAAAAAACCAUAUUUGAUUCGGUUCACGAGAAUGACAUGAACUUUGGUGUUUACUUUCAAAACAUACCCACCACUAUGUUCUAUAGAAAUAUGAGGAAACUGAAGUACAUUUCUAAGUUUCAUCAGUAUGAUUUGAAGUUUAAGAAAGAUGCCAGGAAGGGGAAGCUCCCAAGUUUAACUGUGAUUGAGCCGGCCUAUUUUGAUCUAACGGGAAUGCCUGCAAAUGAUGAUCACCCUUCUCAUGAUGUUGCCAAUGGGCAAAAACUAAUUAAGGAGGUCUAUGAGACACUGAGAGCAAGUCCUCAGUGGAAUGAGACCCUUUUGGUCAUCACCUAUGAUGAACAUGGUGGAUUUUUUGAUCAUGUCAAGACUCCUUAUGUUAAUGUUCCUAACCCAGAUGGGAACAGUGGCCCUGCUCCAUAUUUCUUCAAGUUUGAUCGGCUUGGGGUUCGUGUACCGACAAUUAUGGUCUCUCCAUGGAUUAAGAAAGGGACUGUAAUGAGUGGUCCGCAAGGACCUACACCAAACUCUGAGUUUGAGCAUUCUUCAAUCCCUGCCACCAUAAAGAAGAUGUUCAACCUCUCCUCUAACUUCUUAACUCACAGAGAUGCAUGGGCCGGCACAUUUGAGCAUGUUGUUGGGCAAUUGACUUCUCCCAGGACUGACUGCCCAGAGACCUUGCCAGAUGUGGUGCCUUUGAGGAGCACAGAGGCGAAAGAAGAUGCCGGUUUAUCCGAGUUUCAGGGCGAGGUAGUCCAAUUAGCCGGUGUACUUAAUGGUGACCACUUCUUGAGCAGCUUCCCUGAUGAAAUGAGCAAGAAGAUGAGUGUGAAGCAAGCUCACGGGUACGUAAAAGGUGCUGUUUCAAGGUUCAUUAGAGCAAGCAAAGAGGCCAUCAAAUUGGGAGCAGACCAGUCAGCAAUUGUAGAUAUGAGAUCCUCCCUCACAACAAGAAGAAUCAAGGCAGUCAACAAGUUCAAAUUUAAUGCUCUUGGCAUUGCUUUCAAGGAUCCUGCUUUGACCAAAGUGAGGGGCUGA